AUGACAGAAAAAGCAUCCCUACCCAACCUGCGGUAUAAGGUUGGAAGUACGGUCGUACCUGGUGAUCGAAUCGGAAACAUCCGUCAAGUGAAUGCUGGACCAGGAACCUACAUUUCCAAAGGUCAUAUUUACAGUUGUUUGAUGGGACAUUUGAACGUAGAACCCUUGGAAGCAACAGAAGCAGCAGCAGGGCCAUCCUUUCAAUGUUGCGUCCAACCACGCGGAGAUAAAAGUCUCUUCGCAGCACAAGCACUCUCAGUUGGACAACUAGUGGUUGGAAAGAUUCUUCGAAUUACGCCUCAAAACGCCAUUCUGGAGAUUCGAUUAGUACAAGGUUUAGGAGCCUUGCAAACCCCACAAGAGGGGGCCAUUCGUCGCGAAGACGUCAGAUCGAGUGCCACUGAACAAUUAUCCUUGGCUGACUGUUUUCAGCCUGGUGAUUUGGUCGUGGCCAAGUUGAUUAGUCUGGGAGAUGCCCGACGAUACUUUUUGACAACGGCCGAGAGUGAAUUGGGGGUGAUUCGGGCCAAGAGUCGAGUAGGAAGUGUCAUGAUUCCCAUAAGUUGGAAGCAAAUGGAAUGCCCAGAAACGGGGGAGAAGGAGUCACGAAAGUGUGCCAAGCCCAUGAAUCUAAAGCAACUGCAAGAACAACAACAAGAACAGGAAAUGGAGGAAGGUUGA